ACGUUUUCAUCUCGCUUUCUCCUUAGUCUUCUUGUUCGUCUUCUUAGCCAGAUCGUUUGCGCAUCUAUUUCCAUCCUCUACAGCGCCUCCAGGCUUAACGACUCUAUUUACCUCUAGUUUCGCCAAUAUACCAGCGAAAGAAAAGAACAAACUCACCAACCAUUUAUAAUAUCAGUUUAAAAACAUAACAUGGUUUCCGCCACUUUCAACAUCAAACUCUUCUUAGUGACUCUCUGCUUGGUUCUUGCCCUAUACCCACAGCAAGGCAAUGCAAAGGCGAUUGCCCAAAAGCGACAGGCUGUAGCUACCAUCCAAAAUAACUGGGUGACAGUUUGCGCACCGGGUACUGGAGAUAAACCUAACCAGAAGCGUGAUGACAGCGUUGCAACGCUUAACAUCCAAAACAGCAAACCCACGAGAACCAUUGACUGUGCAUCUUCUACUGCAACCGCUACUGUUACAGCAACUGCUGCUCCUGAUAACAACCCUCCUAGCAACAACAAACCAUCAGCUUGUAACGCUCAAUGCUGGAGCAAUUAUCUCUGGCAUACCUAUGGCUGGGGAAUUACUCCUCAACUCGGUCUAGUUGGCAUUGUUUGUAUACUCACCGGCCUCUAUUUCAUGGCGUUUGGCUUCCGCUGUUUCCGGGCUACCCUGGCGCUGGUUGGUUUUGUCAUCUUUGCCUGCAUGACCUGGAUUGGACUGACUAACAACGAGCCCUAUCCCGGUUAUCCUAAUCAAGCUAUCGUAUACAUUUGUGUAUGUGUUGGCCUGGGUAUCCUGGGUGCUAUUAUAUUUAUGUUCUUCUACUGUAUCACGCUGUACUUUGUUGGCGCCCUUGGAGGUUUCUACCUUGCCAUUUUCAUUUUGUCCUGGAAGGAUAAUUUGGUCAUCACCAACAAUGUUGCUCGUAUUUGCUUCAUAAUAGGGGUGGCCAUCAUCGCUGGUGUAUCGGUAUUCUUACUAGAGAGAUAUAUUAUUAUUUUUGCCACCUCUUUCAUUGGUGCCUAUCUCUUCGUCUUUGGUCUCGAUCUCUUCGUGCACACCGGCUUCAUUAACGGCUUCCGCAUCAUUUUGGACCACAAUUGGUGGCAUGACGUGGAAUACAUGAUAGAUGUACACGUAUACCUCAUGUUGGGUGCUGUCAUACUGCUGACCCUUAUUUCUUGCGGUUGGCAAUACUACUGGAACGUCAUGAGACUACAUCGCUUCUUUGGUAUCAACGUCGUAGAGGCCGCUCCUACAAAGGCCUAAGCGUAUACCAAGAUUUAAUUUUUUUUCUUCACCAUACUUUCAUGUACCGUUUUCUAUUCUUCGACUCGUUUCAAAAUCUACAUCAUAGCGAGAAAUAAAUGUAUUGAUAUACCAGCAGUUAUGCAGAUUCUUCAUGAA